AUGAGCAGGUGCUGUGCCUUUGAGUGCUGGUUCAAACCAAAUGUAACAAUGCUCUCCACUCUCAGCGCUAUCAUAGCUGUGGUGGCGCUCAUCGGCGGAGGCACUGCCGGUGCGGAUAUUGGCCACGACUUUGGUUACGAGUGCGGCGACAAAGGGCUGGUCCUGAGCGACGAAACGCGGGCCAAAUUUAAAGAGUGUAUAGACAAGAGGUGGUCGGGAAACGCGUCGGCCGACCAUUACGAGCAAUACGACUGUUGCCGUCAGUAUGACAUUCUUGUCGCCCGUCGACCACUGGUUCACAAGAAGUGCACUAAAACCGACGGCAAAGAGACUGGAUUUGAGUUACUGACGGCUGAGUGCAGUCCAGUACUGAAUGGUAAGCAAUUGGACGACAAGUUUUGCGAUACUGUGAACGGAAGGCAACCGAUGAGCGCCGUGUGUACGACACUUGUCAAUGGCUUGGGAUCCGAUGUUAGCUCCGACCGUCAGACCGGANAGAGCGCCGGGAGUUGGUCGGUGUCCGCACACAUACUCUCCCCGCUAUCCAAAGGCCUAUUCAAGAGGGCUAUUAUGGAAAGUGGGGCCCAAAUGUAUAACAAGGAUAGGGGUGUUGUCAAUACAACUGAGGCCUUAUCUCAGGCCAAAGCCAUUGCCAUAGGAUUGAAAUGCAAUGAAUCGGAGGAUUGGGUGCAAUGUCUACGAAGAGCGGAUCCCAAAGAUAUACUGAAAUAUGUGAACCCAAUCGCCACUUACCCGGUGUUUGGCACCGAGUUUUUGCCCAUUUCUGCCCGACAGGCAUUCAAUGAGAAAAAAUUUAAUCAAGACAUUGAUUUAAUCGCUGGCAUUGUACACGACGAGGGCCCAGGGUUUGUUGAAAUUGCCAUCAAAAACCCUGCUCAUAUGACACUCGCCGACUUUUACCAAGGGCUACAAGUGCUCGACUCACUCGGCUAUCACAACGUGAACGCGCAGAAAGUACCGCAAUAUUAUCUGAAAGAUGUCAACACUACCCAAUCGGCAGCACUGCGAAAGGCAUUUGGCUCACUAAUAGGUGACCUAAUACUCGGUUGUCCGACAUAUCUGUUCGCCAAACGGUUUGCACAGACAGUCAAAGAGUCCCAAAGGGUUUACUUUUACGAGUUGUUAUACGCCAGCGAGCGGUUUGCCAAACAGACCACGUGCGAUUUAACCACCCAGGGCGUUUGCCACGGUAUGGAUAUACCUCACAUGGACUCUGAAUGGCCGCAACUGUUAAACAAUGACUCUAUGAGUGGACCCAAAGUGAAAGGAUUGGACCCCAAAAAUAUACCGCUAGUACUCGACGACCCGUUUCACGAGACUUGUGAUGUUAAGCUAUCAAAUUUACUUACUUAUACAUCUCCGGCUAUCGACACCACUAUUGCCGCCAAUAAUACCAAACCAGAAGUGGACGGACACAGUUCUUACCGCUCGAGUAGUCGAUGGGUUACCGGAGCUAACAUCGGAUCCCAAGCCAUUGACAAGUGUCGUACACACGGCGCUCAUCGGUUGCCUUCCGUUCACAGUAUCGCAAAACUUGUCGUCCAAUUGCUUACCAUUCAGUACUGGACUGCACUCAGCCGUCAGUAA